GGGGCGGAACACAGCAGGUCAUGUGACAUCAGUGACAUCAUUAGAACAUCAAAGGAUGGAACAUCACAGGUCAUCACUGUGACAUCACUGUGACAUCACUGUGAUCACUAUAGCUUAAAAAAAGCACAACUUCUACCACCAACCAACAGACAGUCAGAGCAGACAUCAUCUAAAAAUGACAGAGAACAGUCAACAAAUGGACCGAACAGAAAACGAGAGAUCUUUGGAGAAGGCUUUAAAACACGGAAUAAUUGAGUGUCAGGAAUUUUGGGAAAAUGAGUGGGUAAAACAGUACGAAGGAGACAAGGUGUUCUGGAAAAAGGAAAUUAUCUCACUCAAUUUAAAAAUUGGCAGACUUACUGAAGAAAAUGCAACACUUCGAAUGAAAUAUGAAACAACUCUGAGCAAAAAAGAGGCCUUAAACAUAAAGUACACAACCAGAGAAGCUGAGAUUGCUGAAGUGCUGCGUAAGCAUCUCGGCCAAAUUGAGACACUGUCAAACCUAUACGCUAUCGAAACCAAAACAUUUGAAGAAUUCAGGAAGAAUACGGUGAACAAAGAAGAACAUAUUUCAGCAUUAGAAAACCAAAUCAAACAAUAUCAGCAAAAAAUUCUGGACAAAACACAACAAUUUGAAUCAGCUUCCACCCAGAUGAAAGCAGAGAUUGUGGAAGCAGAAAAGAACCUAAAAAAGCAGAUAGUGAUAAACAAGACGUAUUUAAAAUCUGAAAAAACUCAAGCACAAGCAGCAAAGUUGGAGAAGAUGAAAUAUGAGCAAGUUAUCCAGAAACUAGAAACAGAAGUUUGUAAGUUUAAGGAAAAACAGGAGGAAAUGAAGAGAAAGGUGGUGGGUUUGGAAGAGAAAUUAGAAGUGCAGAAGAAGAAAACGCUGGAGAAGAACUUUCACCACAGUAGAGACAAUGAAAAUCUUAAAACCAUUGUGGAAAAACAAAAGUGUCACAUUGUAGAAAUGCGCAAAAAUGAAGCAGCCAAAAAUAAAGUUAUCAAUAAACUGAAAUUGAAAAUCAGUGAGCUUGAGGGAAUUAUAAAAGGUUUGAACCAGGAGAGCCUUAGCUACAAAUUAGAGAGAAACAAAAUUUUAAAUGACCUAUCGAAAAAAAGGAUCAAGACCAGUACUCUGAAAGUCAGUCUGCUUGAAAGAAUUGAAAUAAAUAAAAACCUGGAGGCACAGCUGGAGAAAGAAAGACAAAAGCAGAAAGAACUUACCAAGACAAUGAAAUCAUUAACACUUGAGAAAAAACUUUUUAAGGAGAAAUAUGACUUCCUGGAGGCCAAAUACAAAAACGGAAAGCCAGAGAUGGACAAAUGCAAGCUUAAAAUCAAACAGAUGGAGAGGAAGAUUAUCUCUAUGCAGUGUGACAUUCAGAACUGUGUCGACGUUUUUGAAUGUCCCAGGAGGUUUUUACAGUAUUUCAUUCAGCUGAAGAUGAAACACUUGGACAAUACCAAAAUGACCGAGGUUGACAGCCAGUUUGAAUUGUUUCAUCGCUACAUUAAGAGGCUCAAGAAUUCAUUCGACAAGACCAUCACUCAUCAAAGCAGAGAAAAGGACAAGAUCAAGAACAUGCUCUCAAAAGAGACGGAUAUCCUGUAUCUAAAUAGCGCAAAAGCCUACGAAGCUUUACAAAAAUGCAAAAUAUUAGAAGAAGAAAAGCAAGCAUUGGACAAGAAGUUGCGAAUGACAGAGCAGGAGCUUCAAAUAUUAAAAAAUCCUGCCAAGUCCAAGGUCCAGUGCUGGCUUGCCAAAUUUAGCAAAUCAAAAAAUAAGGUCCACCCAAUAUGAAACUCUACCCAGACUCCAGCAGGUCUCUUCAGAUCCAGAGGAAGCUGAAGAUGAUUCACAUGAAGCUGUCUCAGACAACCACUGCUUACCAACACCAGAAACCCAUUCACUGAGUCCCUCAACAUACUUCAUAAACUAUAUUCCAGAUGAUAACCACUGAUAAAAAUGAUUAUUUGGCACUGUAAAUAAUACUUUGAUUUCAUAAUUAUGUUUACAAUAGUUUUUUAAUUCUCUACAUUUACUUUAAAAUAAUAUGUAUUUUUUUAAUGUGUUACUCGAUAUUUACUUGUAAUUUUUUUACAGCAUUUUACAAUGUAUCUGUUAAAGGCAUUAUCAGGUGACAUUUACUCAGUCAAUCUAUGUAGUAUUAAAACUGUUACAAUUAAUUAAAUGUUACUAAGCAAACCUGAGAACCUCAUUCAAAUCUGAUAAGUGACGUCAUGUGAAAAAAAACCGCGCUACAUUAACAAAGCUAGAGGACUUUCAUAGUCGGAUUGGAGCAUUCGGCCAGGUGAAGAGGGGAUCGUUUUUAUGAAAAUUUUCUUCAUAAGAAAACAUGUAAGCUUUGCUAACUUUUUGCUUUACUGUUAACAUGCAACUUGAGUCAGUGUGAUGUUUCUUCACCUGUCCUGCUAGCUGCUUUCAUUGCUAGCAAAAGGUAGCAAGUUUCCCCGCCAGGCUAAGCGUUGAUUGUUUUUAUAUCUAAAUACGUUUUUAUACACCAGUAACUGUCAUGCAAAACAGUGUAGUAGUCUUGGGCCAAUGACUCACUUCAUUAUUUAAUAGCGCUGUUUUUAUGUGUCAGAGGAACAUUUCUCCUCUUCCCCCGCGCCUUGCAGCCCAGUAUUACUUUAGACCGGUGAAUAAUUGAGCUGAAGAGAACUUGUCUGCAGCACUGGAGCGUUUCAAGUUGGUAAAUUGGGUCUUUUAUUAGUUUAUGUGAAAUUCAGUGACAGGUCCUCAUGGCUUAGGCCCACCAAUAUUCACUAACAUCAAAUGUGAAGCUUUAAAAGGAUUCCCUAAAAUUUUUGACAAUGUGCUUUUGUUUUUCUACAUGUUGCAUAGUUUAUUGCAGCAAAACUGUUAGAUUCUAAAGACCAAGUUACAGUGGCAACUUUUAAUUUGUUUCUUAAGAUCGUGGUUUUUCCAUCCGUAUCAACCUCUGUUAAACACUUCUGGAGAACCAUAUCUAAUAUUGUAUCAAAUCUCAUUUACUUGCAUGUCAAAACACUUCAUUAGAAUCAGAAACACUUUAUUGACCAAGUAUGCUUACACAUACAUGGACGUUUUCAAUAGAUGGGCACACUCUAUGAACCUACUAUUAUUUAUGGUCUUCUGUCAGCCUGACUUGUACCUUGUCUCUGUAUGCUUCUCCUAUCGAAGACUGGAAGUUGUAAAGAAGUGUCCUGCUAUCUAAGAUUUCCAGGAGAGAUGGCCUGCUUUUUUCUCUGAAGCUCAGAUUAAAGAGGAGUUCAGACAAAUUACAACAGUUCAUCUGGAGAGAACCUUUCUGACUAAGCUGGAUCUCUGAUGGAAAAUAUUUUUAAGUAAAUUGACCUUAGAGGAAUUACUUAAUGCUGGCAAUCAAAUGCAGACAUUUUCCUGACUUCAUGUUCGGGAAAAGUAGUUUUCAACACAAAUCCAUUAAACUUAUCAAGAACUUUUCAGAAAGUCAAAUGCUUCAUCAAAUUUAAAUAAUGCCAACAAACACAACUCACUUGACAGAAGAGGGUUUUCUUCAGAUGCUCUGGGUUUCUCCCAGAACCAAAAUAAACUAUAUGACAUUAACUGUUGGGUAAGGAAGACAGAGAGGGACAUAGACGGGGGGACAGAGGAAGACAGGGAGGGACAUAGACGGGGGGACAGAGGAAGACAGGGAGGGACAUAGACGUGGAGUCCCUGGAACCGUGUCCCCUGAUUAGCUUCUUGCCUAUUGGCCGAGGUAAAGCCCAUAGGAAGUAGAUGCUGAACUCCAUCAUGCCUGCCUGGUUUUAUUUAUAGAUAUAAACACGAAGAUGUUACCUGGAACCCUGAAGCUUCUCCCCCUGGUCCAGUACGGUGGAAAUAAAGACUGAUGCUGCCUCCAGGUGUUAUAAUUAAAGAAACUUAAAAGCAAACAAACAUUCAAAAGGUGAGAAUUUGGUUGUGCAAAUAUUUUAUAACUCAAUUGUUUAGUUGUAGUGUUACUGUCAGCAACCCUGAUGCUACCUUAAGAUUAAGCUAGCAGAUAAAACAUAAAAGUAUUAUUUAUUACCUUUUUGUCUACUAUAUUUCUGUUUAAACAUAGAUGGUUCAUGAUUUCCAAAUAAACCAAAUAGUUACAGAAUUUCACUUUGUUUGAUUUUGCAACUACGUUUUUGUCUUCAUCAUAUUUUAAUUUCUCCAUGUUUAUAAGAAGGUUGUGGAUAUGCAGGUACCUAACUUGGGACCAAUUAACCCUCUGCUCUAACAAUCAAAGUAAUGAAUUCAGAUGUAAAAAAACAGAAUUAUUACAUACAUUCUAGCUGAUACAAGAGAGGAAAACGUUCCAUUGAUAUAUUUGGAGACAGAUCUCUGUGAAUGGCCAGCUUAUUAGCAAUGACCUUUCGUUGCUUACCUUCCUUGUGUUGCUGGAGAACUAUCAGCAGUCUUCCCCCUGAUUGGUAGGCCACAACAUGGCCAUAAUAACAUAACAUUUCUGUAAUAACGUCUGAUGAUGUUGUUGGGAUUAUUA